CUGCUUUUUGUCACGAGGAAGAAGUGACUUUCGCUACCGCAGAAUGGCAACUCAAGUUCCGCCCCCGUCCAAACGCCAAAAGCGCGAGGCCAUCGAAACCAGCCGCACGCAAGCCCCCGCGGCCUCCAUUCCAGACGGCAGCAUCCGCAUCCGCUUCGUUGACCAAAGCACCGGCACCUCAGGCACACUUCCUGUCCUGACAGUUCCCCUCUCGCAAGCCACCACAGCCAAUCUCAAUCUCCUGCUCAACAGUCUCAAAGACCAGCUCGACGAUGAUUCGAUACCCUACCGUUUCUACCACGGCGAGUCCCCCGAAGCGCUCGGUGACAAGGAAGAUGUGUACAACUCGUUGGUGAAGCCCGGCAGGGUGACAGCAGAAGAGGAGGUCGUGCUACAGUAUGCGCCGCAGGCGGUAUUCAGAGUGAAGGCUGUGAGUCGAUGUGCGGCGGCAGUGAGUGGGCAUGGAGAUAACAUCUUGGCGGUGCAAUUUAGUCCCAAGAACAGUUCGCGCAUGGCGAGCGGGAGUGGAGAUAAGACGGUGAGAAUAUGGGACUGCGAUACGGGAACGCCGGCGCAUACGCUCAAGGGACACUCAAGAUGGGUGUUGGCAGUGAGCUAUUCGCCAGACGGAGCGUUGCUUUCGUCGGGAGGUUACGACAAUGAGGUACGGAUAUGGGACCCGGAAACAGGAAAGCAAAUUGGUGGGCCGUUGAAGGGACACACAAACUUCAUCACCAGUCUGACGUGGGAACCAUAUCACCUGCAACAGGAGGGCCGACCGAGGGUAGCAAGUUCGAGCAAAGACGGGACGGUGAGGGUAUGGGACGCGGUCGGCGGGAAGAUGGAGUACGCGCUUUCAGGCCACAAGGGCAGCGUGACAUGCGUGAAAUGGGGCGGCACAGGGAAAAUCUACACUUCCUCGCACGACAAAACCAUCAAAGUCUGGAACGGCCACGACGGCACGCUCGUCCACACGCUCUCCGGCCAUGCACACUGGGUAAACCACCUCGCGCUCUCCACCGACUUCGUCCUCCGCACCUCGUACCACGACCACACAGGCAAGGUCCCUGCCACAUACGCAGAGAAACUCGCAAAAGCAAAAUCGCGCUUCGAAAAAGCCGCCACCAUCAACGGUGAAGUCGUCGAGCGCCUCGCCACCGCCUCGGAAGACUGCACGCUCUUCCUUUGGACGCCGCUCAGCAGCAACAAGCCCGUGACACGCAUGACGGGCCACCAGAAGCAGAUCAACCAAGUCUGCUUCUCGCCGGACGGCAAUCUCCUCGCGUCGACGGCGUGGGACAACCACGUCAAGCUGUGGUCCGCGCGCGACGGGAAAUUCCUGUUCACGCUGCGCGCGCACGUCGGCCCCGUGUACAUGGCGAGCUUCUCGGCGGACAGCAGGCUGCUGGCCAGCUGCAGCAAGGAUACCACGCUCAAGGUGUGGGACAUGAGGACGGGCAAGCUGAAGCAGGAUCUGCCGGGACAUCAGGACCAGGUGUUUGCGCUGGACUGGAGCCCCGACGGCGAGCGUGUCGGGAGUGGUGGUGCGGACAAGCAGAUCAGGAUAUGGAGGAAUUGAAUUAAGCUGGCUGGAAUCGCACAUCAAUAUACCCCCUGUAUGAUUCGAUCUUGCCGUCUGAGUAGCCUGGGUCCGCUGCAGCUCACUCCCCAGUUGAGCUUUCCGUCUCUAGCUCCAAA